AUGGCCUUCCAGGUCCCGCACGUUCCUCGCCGCAGGACCUCCUAUCCGAGUCCCCAGCCGCCAAUCCUCCAGAUACCUACGUCCUCGAAGGCACAACCUGACGAUGAUACCGCACAAUGGGUUCUGUUCUCACCGACCGCCCGCACGCACACGACCUCGACCGAACGUACUCGCACCGUAGGAGCCACUCGAUUAAGUGACUUCGGCUCAUUCGCGGCGACUCGGUCCGCAACUGGAGUGGACGGCGAGGAGUCCGACGCCCUCGAAGACCAGCUAGAUGAGGACGGAACUGAGCUGGACAGCCUGGAUGAGGGACUGCACGCCUUUCGGGCUCCCUCGCUGGGCCCAACCUCCCCCACGCGGGUGGAUCAGGGUCCACCAGCCUUACUCCCAGCCCAUGACGGAUUAGGGAGCUUCCAAGCCUCUAGCCAGGCCGUCCAGGAACAGUUAUGGCAGCAUGAACAGUAUAACCCGCAGAGGCUGUCCUACGCCCACCUCGAGCACCGUCGUCACUCGAGUGUACAAAGACACAUGGACACCGUCGAAGCAAGGGAAGCAAAUGUGGAACGGGAGCGUUGGCAGAGAAUCGAAGAAUGGCGCAUGGAUCAAAGCCGGGCUUUGUUCCAAGAGAUCGAACGAGAGACCCGUCAGCGACGGAACAGUCGAACGAGCCGCUUGAGCGUUGACCGCUCCGUCGAUCGAUCUGUUGUCCCAACCAUCUCUACAGAUGACAUCGAAGUAUCCCGCCCCAAAACGCCGCCGGAAGGCGUAUCAGAGGAAGAAGAGUCAUUCUGGCGUCGUAUCACACGCAAGGUGAUUCGUGACCUCAUCGGGAUUGACGAUGAGCUGCUAUCAGUUAUAUUAGGGGAGUCGUUGCUUCCCGACCCGCAGACGGACGCCAAGGAAGACCCUCUCAAUAUGGAAACGGUCCUGGCUCGUGAACCAGAGCCAGAGUAUAAUGAUACGCCGCCAUGGCAGAGCAAGGUGCUCCAACAUAUCGCCCAUGAGCUGGGUGUUCUUGUGAGCCAACUUUGCGAACACCCGGGCGCCUUUACGACCUAUUACCAAAUGACGAAAGAUAUAUCCUCAGAGUAUGCUGGCAUGUCUCUGAACCGCUUAGCAGAGAGCAGCAUGACCCAAGGUCCCGCAGGGUCCACAACGCCCACUGCCACCGACGCCGCCGGCGAGUCCAUGCCAUCCCCACAUUUCCUUCCCACCCUCCGCGACUCAAAUCGCGAGCACGAGGCCCACUGGGGCAUCGAGGACGACGACCCUAGGCCAUCCGACUCGGCCGAAUCAACCAAGCUCCAAGAAUCAGAGUAUUGGGAGCGUGGCCUUGACGUCAUGAUGGUUUUCCGCUAUAUCCGCAACCGCUUCAGCCGUCGAGGAUACAUGCCCACCGACACCCACAGCACACCACCACCGCCUCGCCGAAACCAAGAUGCAUCGCGCCGCGCAGCCAUCAUUCGGCACCACCACCCGCUCGUGGCGCGGGCCCAUUCCCGAUCCCAAACCCAGUCACGCCGCCCGUCACAGUACUCAGGCGUGUCGAACCCAGCUGGCCUCUCAUCGCCACUGCGACCUCAACUCCGUCGCCCUACUUCAAGCUGUGCCAGCCAAAGUGCCAAGCUUUCGGCUAUCUCAAGCCGACGGACCAUGACAGGAUCCAGUCGGAAUUACUGGGAUAUUGGCGGCAGCGAAACCAAUAGUACCAUUGGUGUUGGAGCUGGACUCGGCACAUGGGGUGAGGUCUGA